AGACAACUAUGGUGUAUCUGAUACGAGGAUAUGAUUGCAAUGGCUCUUGAGAGUGUUGAAUACUGGUUAUCCUGGGAUCAUUUGGCGUAUUGGAGGCAUCGGAAGCGUUUCUCUUGUUCAGGACUCGUUGGGGUCAAGUGGGGAUAACCCGAUACCUUCAAGCACGAAUUAUAGCUACGACAGCGAUGAUUCACAGGCCUCCUCGCUUUUCAUACAAUAUGGCACAGGGUGUCGGCUCUGAGCCAUCUUCCCAGCGUCGUACAAUCCCGGAUCAGAGUGCAUCCGCCUCCCCGGCCGAGAAAUCCCAGCUUCAAGCACCGGCUCAGUCCACGGGCGAAAACCAGGCCGUUGUCUUGGACGAAGGCUACGAAAGGCUGGUAUUUACCGAUCCUGUAGCCUUGAAGUGCCUAGAGGAAGACCCGUCGACGGUGCUAGUGGAAAGACGAUGUACCCUUAUUGGGUAUGUGACCUACAUUGUCGAGCAAUGGGCCUGCUCAAGGGUUCAUCCCACGUUCGUUAUCAAUACCUAUACCGGGGACCCAUCUCACACUGCUGUUGCCGGCGUUCUCAAAGUUCCCAAAGAUGAGCAGCUCUGGUCCCCAAGGUUGAAGGUUUACUUCAAUACGAUGGCCCAACCCCACACCCGAAAGCGAGAAACUCCAUGGGGAUUAUUGAUGGUGACGAAUUUAAGCAGUUUCCCCUCCUCCCUGACAGUUAUUGAUAUCCCGGAAGGCGAUGUCAGAAAAUAUCGAGAAGAUUUCGUCGUCAAUGAGAACCUGAAACGUCUUGGGUGCUCUGGCAGGGCUGGGCUAAAUUUGAAACAACCAACGCCCGCGACCGAAGCCAAGUUCUAUCAGCUCUACAGAACAAGUGAACGAGUGCCACUAUUCAAUGCUGUGAUAGGCUUGGUUAAACUAUGUCAGAUGGCCUUAAGUGUGUUUGAUAAACUGGCGUCUGAAUACAUAGAUGGCUUGCUUUGUGACGUGACAGAGCGGGCAAUAAACGAUUGGUGGACCGACAUUGGGACGGAGCUUUUUAAUAUUGAGCCAAGCGAUGGCAUACUUGGGCCAACAACGGUUUCGGCGUUACUUGGAACCUUGAUGGGGGCAAGAAACCGACUUCAUACAUGGGGUGCACCCGUUUCCAAAGACGCAUUCGACAUAGAGAAUUUGAAACGAGGCAUUGGAAGUUUCCAAAAGGCACUCAAGCUUGAGAAGACCAGAAGGUUGGAUAGGCAGACUUUGGACAAGUUACACCGAGUAACAGCGAAAGCUGCAAGUGGAGAAGGAUGGGCUGUCCCGCGAGCAGUCAAGUCCACAGUCGCGGAACUUGGCGGCAAAGGAGGAGAGAUGGUCAUGGGAAUUGUUGGCGGACGCGACAAGGCUGGGAUCUCGGAGGUCGAAACUUUAGAUAUAGACCGAUUCGUUCAACUCGUGAGUGGCGAAAGGUCCAAAUGGCUCUGGCAUGGAAAGCUUCGGAAAUCUUACACCGACCCUUUCCGACAUGACGCUGGAGAAGAUGAAAUGCCAUUUUCCAGAGAGGCAUGGUCAAGCAGAAGGAAAGACACGUGUAGCCCCUUUACGUCCGCUCGCCCUUCCCUCGAAACGGAGCAGUCUUGGAAGCAUCUGGAGACCCCAGUAUCCGCUGAUAGCAAGGAGCAACAAUUGAAAUAUGCUCUUAAAAAAACGGUUAGUGGCAGGGUAUCAGACGCUCGCGCUGGACUCGGUCGGUUUAGGGAUGCUGUUGGACUGCCAGCUUUGCGUUCUCACCAGCAUCACAAACAACUAAAGGAAACCAUCGAUACCGAUACUGAUGUGCCUGAUCAGCAAGCCACGGAUGUGGCACUGGCAUUUCCAGGGACAAAAGGCAGGUUAGAAGGUAUCAAGUCCUUGGGAGAUGACGCGCGUGUCUCUGGAGCUACAAAUUUGGAUAAAGGCAGGCCCGAACUUUUAUCAAGCCCAUCAGACCCCCUGCCUACGAGCGAGCCCGGCCGCGGCUCAACAGAAUUCCAAAGCCACCUACCCCAAGCAAACGAGAAGUCUCAAGGACAGUUAUCAACGGAUUAUUUAACCCCAGAGCCACGGGUAUCGUCAGGCACGCUGGAUGAGUUUUCACAUAAAAAAGACCCUACGUAUGAGCCGCUCAUUCUUACUAGGGUCCUUCGUCGAGUACCCAGUUGUCCAUCAUCCCUCGCGGAGGAUCCAGUAUCAAAAAUCCAGGCUCGUUCCGUUCGACAUUUGUCUUUUAGUGCCGUUGAGGAGCCGAUGCUCUCCCGCCAUUUCAUCGACGAUUUAGACCCAGCGGACCCCGAAUCAGAUAACACGAUAGUGGAUCGAAUUCUCUACGAGGACAUGCGGAUUGACGAUGAACGUGCCCUGGCGACUAAAAUCGCCGACCUAGACAUGAACACAAGUGCUUGGGUGGAAAGCCAAGUAGUUGUAGCGGAGGGUAUUGACAUCACCGCGUUCAAUCGUCUGAAGGAGCUAGACUCCGCCUACCAGAAUAAACACGCUGAGUAUCAAGCGCUACAAAGAAGCUCGACCGAACUGGUUUCAACGGAAAGCCAGAAGUUGCUUGAAGGGUCUAAACGGCUAGAGACGCUAGGCGCUAAGCUCGAUUACGAAUUGAACUCACUGCAAUCGAAAGUCGAGGAGGUCGAAGGCGGUCUUAUUGACUAUGAACAUCAGAUCGGGGCCUUAGAGAGCCGGCUGAGAGAACUUCUGAAGGCAGAAGAGCAGUCAGGAGCUCCAUGGCUAAAAUGGGCCAAAUGGUUUUGGAAUGGUGGGACAUGA